AUGAAGCAAGCUAACAACUCCGAGCGCCAAGCGCUAUGGAAGACACUCCUCCUGCGGAGCAGCAGAGGAAAGCGGAGGCAUGGAGACCGCAAGAUCAUCGCGGAGCAAUUUAAGAUAAGUCGCUGGGUGGUAUCGCAAGUCUGGAAACGAGGGAUCCGGUCUAUGGGCGAGCGAGUUGCUGCAGUUGUUGCGUCUCGAGCGAGUCUGCGAGGAAGAAAGAAGAAGGACCGGGCUGAAAUCUGCAAGCGGAUUCACCAGACUCGUGUUGCGGAUAGAAACAACUACAGGACGAUUGAAGAAGCUGCUGGCUUGACUCCGUACAUGAUCCGGCAGCUGCAAAGAGAAGGCUACCUACGCCGCGCUCUGACUCAAACCCGCCCCCUUUUGACCGAAAAGCACAAGACAGAUCGUCUAAAGUGGUGUCUUCUCCACGCAACCCAGUCUACGGAUCGUCAGCCAGUUUUCGCCCCGAUGUACGACACCGUCCACGUGGACGAAAAGUGGUUCUACGUCAAGAAGAUUGGACAGAAGGUCUAUCUGUUGGCCGGUCAAGAUGGGACACCCUGUGAAGAUGCUACAGUUUGUGCAGAGCAAAAGGCAUAUUCUCAUGGUGAUGUUUCUGUGUGCAGUAGCACGUCCACGUGGAAACUGGGAUGGCAAGGUGGGGAUGUGGCCUGUUGUGGAGAAGUAUGUGACCCAGUGAAGGAGCGUUAA